AGGCGUGAGAGUCUCUUUGCAUAACCAUUAUGCUAUCUACCCUCACCCAGCAGAUGCCGUUUCCUUUGGUGUUUGUGUGUGUGUGCAAGCAAGUUUCUGCUCCUUUCAUAGGAGCUGGAGGAAGUGAUUGGGCAGGGGGUGUGGACGUGAUAAAGCUCUCAGGACAGAUCCGAGCAGCUUUCCAGAUAAACCACCGGGCCACAUUCAGUACACGAAAAUGCGCCACUUCACCGGCGGUCUGUCAGCACGCAGCAUUUAGCCGUCUACUUUUUCUCUUGGUCACCGAGAUUCCUGGGGCCCGGCGCCUGCUUGCCAACUUGUCCUGGGGGCCUUGUAUUCUCUGCCUUAGACAGAAAGAUGGAGAGACACUGCUGCGCUGCCCGUGAAGCUUCCCCGUGUGGAACUGUAGCGUUCUGCCAGGUGAACCACUUCCUGGUUCCCUGCGUUUGUAAAUUUUGUAAUUGCUGAGGAACCGAAGAAUGUCAUCUGAAAUGUCGCCGGCACUCACGGAGACUCCCAGUGUUGCAGGAAGGCCAGAUUCGAGUGAGGAUCAAGGGGAGAGCCAGGGGCAGACAGCAAGGGGCCAGCUGAAGCCGGUCUCUAAACGCCAGCUGAAGAAGCUCCUGAAGCAGCAGCAGUGGGAGGAGCAGCGGGAACUCCGCAAGGAGAAGCGGAAAGAGAAGCGCAAGAGGAAGAAGCUUGAGCGAUGGAGCCAGCCGGAUCCCGAGGCAGCCGUGAGGGAGCGGAAGCGGGUCCGCAGGGACGCGGCGCCCAGCAGCUUGCGCCUGGUGGUGGACUGCAGCUUCGACAGCCUGAUGCCCCUCAAGGACAUUAAGAAGCUUCACAAGCAGAUCCAGCGAUGCUACGCAGAGAACCGCCGCGCCUCACGCCCCGUGCAGUUCUACCUGACGAGCCACGGAGGCCAGCUGAAGAGGAACAUGGACGAGAACGACAGAGGCUGGGUCAACUGGAAGGACAUCCAGGUCAAGCCCGAGCACUACAGCGAGCUCAUGAGGAAAGAGGACCUGGUGUAUCUCACGUCGGACUCCCCCAACGUGCUGCAGGAGCUGGAUGAGUCCAAGGCCUACGUGAUUGGGGGCUUGGUGGACCACAACCACCACAAGGGACUCACGUAUAAGCAAGCGUCCGAGCACGGAAUCGAACAUGCACAGCUCCCCCUGGGGAACUUUGUGAAGAUGAAUAGUAGGAAAGUCUUGGCGAUUAACCACGUGUUUGAGAUCAUCCUGGAAUACCUGGAGACGCGGGACUGGCAGGAGGCGUUUUUCACCAUCUUGCCGCAGAGGAAAGGAGCCGUCCCCACAGACAGAGCCGGCGGGAGUUCUCCCAACCACCAGGAAGCUGCCGGGGCCGAGACACUGGACAGUGAGUCCAGUGAGGAGGAGGAGGAGGACGGUGGGAGCGAGAGAGGGCCACCCCGUACAGAGGAGCAGGGGGACGGGGAGCCCGUCGCUGGGCCUGCCGGGGACUCGGCGCCACUGUAGCCGCUGCCUGGCUCUUCCCUGCCCCGCUGGAGGGACACGCUGAAGGGAGGACGUACCUCACACAGCAUUUUAUCUCCGCUGUGUUUCCCUGUGGAUUUUGAACAUGUUUUAUAGAGUUUAAUAAUUUUAAAAAACCUUUUAUGAAA